UGUGAAACAUGUGUCCGGUGAUAACAAAACGUUAAUUUUAGAAUUUUAUUAGCGUUCUUUAUCAGUUCCGUCAAAAAUUGAUAAUACGAUAUUCUGUAUUUCAAAUUUAAAAAUUUACAUUUAACCAUCAAAAAUGAUAGAAUGCAAAAUAGGUUUCAUUGGAGCAGGAAACAUGACUAAGGCAAUUGUUUCUGGAAUGCUGGAUUCUGGGAUAGUGAAACCAAACUUAAUUAUAGUCUCAGCGCCCUCAAAAACAAAUUUUCCCUUUUGGCAAGAAAAAGGAAUUGCUACUACUCAUUCAAAUGCUGAAGUGGUGAAUAAAUGUGAUGUGAUAAUGCUUGGAAUAAAACCUCAGUAUUUAGACGAAGCAAUCAAAAGCUUUGACCCAGUUCCAAACAAUAAACUUUACAUAUCGAUUCUUGUGGGGAUUACUAUCGAAACUUUGAAUGAUAAACUGCGGACACAAUUUAGGUUCACUGAAGCUGGUCCAGAGCCUUGGCGUAUCGUCAGAGUUAUUCCUAACACGCCAAUCAUGGUUGGGGCGGGGGCCACAGCGUAUGCAGUGAGUGAGGGAGCCAGAGCUGAGGAUAGUGAACUAGUCAAGACAAUAUUUUCUGCCGGAGGUCUGUGUGAGAUUGUGCCAGAACGGCUGUUGAACCCAGUUGGAGCUCUGGCCGGGAGUGGUCCUGCUUAUGUAUACUUGAUGAUUGAAGCCCUCUCUGAUGGGGCGGUAAAGAUGGGAGUGCCGCGAGCCCUGGCCACUCAGCUGGCCAGUCAAACACUGCUGGGUGCCGCCAAGAUGGUGCAGACGACAGGAAAACAUCCUGGACAACUCAAAGACGAGGUUUGCUCUCCAGGGGGCACCACCAUCACUGGUAUACACGUGUUAGAGAGGUCAGGAGUGAGGGCUGCUCUCAUUGGUGCAGUUGAAGCAGCUACAAAUCGCUCUUUUGAGCUAGGAAAUAAGUAGGCCUAAAUACUCAAAUAUAAAAUGUUCCUUGAGUUAUAGUUCACACUGAGGAAACAAGAUGUUAGCUUCCAUAAAGUAAAUCAAUAACUUCCAGUGUUCAACUUCCCUUGAUGGAAUGUAUUUUUUAAUAAAAAAAUCAACAUAUCUUAUUAUUGUUUUCAGUUGAUAUUACAUAAGUAUUGAGCUCAAGCAUUUAAGCCUACCUUCAUUUCUCAAAUUGUAUCUUAUUUUGUUAUAUACUUUUUUCUGUUGUUUAACUUUUGUUAAGUUACUGUGUGUUGUUACUUUUUGUUAACAGUGCUUCCAUAGUAUGUAAGAAAACUUUGUUAUGCAUUUUUAAUUUUUAAGUGUGUAAACACAAGCAAUUUUCACAGCAAUAUUUGUGCAUUUUGCAAUAUUUUGAUUAUGUGCAAUAUACCCAGCUAGGAUCAAGAAACAGUUUAAUUCUCAUAGAUGGGAAAAUAAGCUUGAGGAAAAUUAAGCCCAUAAAUCAUAUAAUGAAAUGAAAAAAUAAUAUAAAUAAUAUAAAAUAAAUACAAACAUAAAUGUGUUUCAGCUACCAAGAAACCCUCUCUAUUCUGCUCCAAUGUUUCUUUUAUAUACCAGGCUUGAAAUAAGCCUGAUUUUCCGUCACUUUAAUCAGUCAAAAGAUUAAUACUCUUGGUGGGUGACAACUCUGUUGUAUUUGAAUAGGUAAAUGCUAAAGAAGUGUGAUUGGAGAGGGUCUUGUAAGCUUUAGUUUAUUUCUGACAGAUCUAAAUUAAAGAAUUGUCUGUUUGGGAUACUGUCUUAGAUUUUGUAUUUUUAUUGUUCUGCCAAAACUUUUUAUUCAGAAACUUCCAUAUUUGUAGCAAUACUGCCGUUGAUUGAUUUUCAUUCAUAAGAUCAGUGUACGUAGAAGACUGCCUUGAAAAUUCAAUGAGACUCGAGGGCCCUGGUAGUGGAAAUUGGGGGGGUGAAAUUGGAAAAAAGGAAAUACAACCGAGGAAGGAGGAUCCGUUGAAAUUAAGUUCUCAGUAGGAUUGGAAAAGGGACCAACCAUUUACGGGUGCCAGAUUGCUCAAGGUGCACAACGGGUACCACAAUCAUAACUGAUUGUUGGAAACCCUACGAGCAUCUGGCAGUGUACCACUUAACACUUGUGACUGUAAACAAAAAACGCAAGGAUUCCUAACCCGAAAUUAUUAAAAGAGUUGAAAAAUACACAAUGAAAAAUACAUGCAAGCAAUAUGUGUUUUAAGUACAAUAAAUUGUUUUUUAAUAUUGA